GUUUGUUUGCAAUGGGUUUUAAAUUUGUUUGCCAUGGGUUUUUGUGGAUCAAUUGUUGACUCAAGAUUUAAAUUUCAAUAUGUAUAGGAAUGGCGUCCUCGAGUACAGUCUCAAAAUAUCCUCCUCGCCUCUAUGGAGAAGGAAGAUCUCCUUUGCAAAACAGGAGCAUGAACCACAAUUGCUUUUUGUCAAAAAUUGGGAUAAUGGAAGAAAGUUUAGGCUUCGAUGUGUGGGAUAAGUUGAAGGAAUCAUCUCUUGGAGUAUUUAUUAAGUUAGCUGAACUAGGAUACAGAUGGUCUGCCGCAAAAGUUCAUUAUAUCCUUACACAUCAGCUAGCAGUCGACAAUUCUCAUGAGGUGACCCGUUGGAGAACUUAGAUGUUGAUCAUCAUGAAUUUUGGAGCGAAAUGAAGAUAGCAACAACUUCAGACGGUCCAAAGUAUACUGAGUUGGAAAAUGUUAUGGAUUUUAGCAAGACAUGGACUCCAGCGAAAAGGAUGAUGGUUGGUAGGCUUAUUGAUUAUCUGUUGCAGUACAUAGCAUACAUCAUGGCUCUAGAAUCCCUCUUUCAAGUGCUAAAAGGGUUUUUGAUGAAGAUUUUUUUGAAAAACAUCCUUGGGGUCGAGUGGCUUUUACUUGCUUAGUCAAUUCAGUCAAGAUUGUUGACUUAGAUAAAGACUCUUACACUGUACAAGGAUGUGUGCAUGCUUGGUUGAUUUGGUUGUAUGAGAGUGUGCCUGGCAUUGGAGAACUUUAUGGGCUGAGGUCUUUGAGUAAUGGUGUUCCACUACUUGAUUGACAAUCAACCAGGAAAGGUAUCAAAAUUGAUGAAUUCAUAAAGAAUGAGAUGGCUACACAUGGAGAGGUGGGUGUAAGGCACAUGAUUAUUGUUUCAGAAGAAAAUAUGUAUCAUAAAUGGAGUGACGACGAGGAUAAUAAGGAUCCGGCGCUAGCCAACUUGAUUACUGAUAUUGUCCAUGAUUGCUUACCUUUAGAUGUUUGGAGAGUUGAGAAAACAGUGAGCAUGGGAAGAAAAAAAAUGAAAAGCUAAAGAAAAUGAGAAUUGGGAGAGUCGAAGCAGUGAUAAGAAAUUGAAAAUGAAAGCUGAUUUCUCAAUUGAUGAAGAAGGAGAAAAAGAUGUAAAGAAGAAGGAAAAGAAAGGCAAGAAACAUAUGGAGGAUGUGGAAGAUGAGAGAAAAGGCUUGUUGGAUAUUUGGAAGGUGAUAGAAAAAAUGAAUGGGACAAUUUCCGACUUGGGCAAGAAUUUAAUCAGUAGAAUGGACGCUUUAGAAGGUAAAUUCGAUUCUUUUGUUGAGAAGAGAAUGGGUAUCUUAGAUGGGAAGCUUAGUGAGAAUAUUAAAAUGGUGGAGGUAGAUUUGAAAGGAAUGAAAGAUACAAAACCCACUGUUGUCCCAAACAAUGAAGAGGAUGAGGCACAUAGUCAACAACCAUCUUGGAUGGUAGAGAUGAAACCGACUUCGAAUGAUGAAUUUCCAGUCCCUCGAGUGGUGAAGAAGGUUUACACAGUGAGUAAUAAAAAGAACAAGACAGAAUCAGAAAUAUCUGCUGACCUUCCUUUAUGUGAGAAGAAUUAUCAGAAGAAUAUUGUGGGUGAUGUUUUAAAGAAACUUGGUCGCAAGAAUGAGAAGCCGAAAGCUGCAGUUGUUGGAGAAAGUACCGAACAUAAUAAGAAAAAGGGAAAGCGGCCAGCUGUUGCCGUUGAUGAACUUGAAGAUAUUACUGAAAAAGUUGUAGCUCUCCAUACUAAAAUGGCUUCCAGUUCUGAAGAUACAUGGGAUGAUCCUCAACAACAGUUGGCCAGUAAAAGGCUUGAUGCAACAUUGAUAUCUCUUGGAGAGGCGUUAAAAACUUUGGACGGAGAUAGGACACAAGCAAAACGAAUGCAACAGUUGGCAAAAUCUCAAAAGUAUCAAUAUGUUGGUAACUCUACUGUUAAGCGCAUAAUCCCUUCCAAUGUGUCUUAUGAUCUUCUUAAGCCAGCUGAAGAUGAUAAGUUACAAAAACUUCUUGAUUUCCUGAAGCGUGAUCAGUAAGUAUUAUCCUUAUGAUACUUACAUUAUGUUUUUAAUUUCCUAUUAGUACUAGG